CUCUCUCUCACACACUACUUCUGAGCUCACAUCCAAACAAACGUAGACUCUUCUCUUUUCUCAACAAAAAAAAACGUAGACUCUUCUCUUUUUUUACCCUUCAAGGCCAUUUUUAGCGCAGGCUUUUGGAACUUUCAUAAACGAAUAUUACUAUACAGAAAUAGAAGCAAGUCAAGCAACCAUGCCUUCCCCUGCUGCAACAGCUACUACUUCUGACACAUGGCUUCUUCACCCCAACAGAUUCCUUUCUUCAACGAGAAGAAGAGACCCCGGUGCUGCUACUAGUACUUCUUCUCUCUUAGUUUCAAGACACAAAAGCACAAACGCAAUCACUUGCUCUCUACAAACAUCCUCCUUCCUUCAAUUGCCUAAACAAGCCCCGACCUACACGCAGUCUUCACCUUCUUCUUCCAUUUUUACUAAAACCCCUCAAGAUCAGAAACCCCAAACUUCUACGUCUUCUACUUCGAAUUCUAACCCUCAAGGAUGGAACUUGUUUCAGACAGUAGCAGCCGUGAUCAUAGACGCAAUGGAGAGUGCUUUGGUGACAAAAGAGCUUGAACACCCACUUCCCAAAACUGCGGACCCCAAAGUCCAAAUCGCCGGAAACUUCGCUCCAGUGCCGGAACAACCCGUCAAACACUCACUCCCCGUCACCGGAAAAAUACCAGAAUGCAUUCGCGGCGUCUACGUCAGAAAUGGAGCCAACCCACUUCACGAGCCGGUCGCCGGCCACCACCUUUUCGACGGCGACGGCAUGGUCCACGCCCUGUGCUUCAACUCCGACGGGUCCGCCAGCUACGCCUGUAGGUUCACCGAAACGCACCGUAUGGUGCAGGAGAAGGCUCUGGGCCGGCCCAUGUUCCCCAAAGCCAUUGGCGAACUCCACGGCCACUCUGGCAUCGCCCGAUUGGCCCUCUUCUACUUACGUGGGGCCUGCGGGCUCGUGGACCCCAGCAACGGCCUCGGCGUGGCCAACGCCGGCCUCGUCUACCAUAACGGCCGAUUACUGGCCAUGUCGGAAGACGACUUGCCGUACCACGUCAGGAUCACCAAAACAGGGGACCUCAAAACCGAAGGGCGAUACGACUUCAACAACCAGCUCAAGUCCACCAUGAUCGCCCACCCCAAGGUGGACCCCGCCACCGGCGAGCUCUUCGCGCUCAGCUACGACGUCGUUCAGAAGCCUUACCUCAAAUACUUCAAAUUCUCCCCAAACGGCACCAAGUCCCCUGACGUAGAAAUCCCAUUGCCCCAACCAACAAUGAUGCACGACUUCGCCAUUACCGAAAGGUUCGUCGUGAUUCCCGACCAGCAGGUUGUGUUCCGGCUCCCGGAGAUGCUCCGAGGUGGCUCCCCUGUAAUUUACGACAAGGACAAGGUUGCCCGGUUCGGGAUUCUCGACAAGAAUGCGAGCGAUGCUUCGGGAAUCAGAUGGGUUGAAGUUCCUGACUGCUUCUGCUUCCAUCUCUGGAACGCUUGGGAGGAGCCCGAGACUGACGAGGUGGUCGUGAUCGGGUCGUGUAUGACCCCACCGGACUCCAUUUUCAACGAAUGCGACGAGAAUUUACAAAGCGUUCUGUCGGAAAUACGUCUCAAUUUGAAGACAGGGAAGUCGACACGUCGUCCAAUCUGUUCGGAGCAGAUGAAUUUGGAAGCCGGGAUGGUGAACCGGAACAAACUCGGGCGCAAGACCCGGUUCGCAUACUUGGCCUUGGCCGAGCCGUGGCCUAAGGUCUCUGGUUUUGCCAAAGUCGACCUUUCAACUGGAGAGGUGAAGAAGCAUAUUUACGGAGAACAGAUGUUUGGGGGUGAGCCUCUGUUUCUUCCGAGGGACCCGAAUUCGGAGAACGAAGACGAUGGUUACAUUCUCGCUUUCGUUCACGACGAAAAGGAAUGGAAAUCGGAGCUGCAAAUUGUUAAUGCCAUGACUUUGAAGCUUGAAGCUUCGAUCAAGUUACCCUCCAGAGUCCCGUACGGUUUUCACGGCACGUUUAUUAGUGCCAAGGAUUUACAGAAGCAGGCUUAAGUUUGUUAGAUGCUAGAAGACACUAGAGGAGAUUUAUCAGUGGGAAGCUUGCAGAUAACAGCCCCCGGAGUCUCCCUAGUUACAGAUGUUGAUGUCUGUAUUAGUCUGGGUUUUGGUUGGCGUUGAGGUUUUGGGGUACCAACUAGAAGCUUUGGGGUAAUAGCUCUAGGUGAAGCUCAGUUGGUUUCUUCCGAUUCUUUCACUUUCGUGUGAAUUAUUCUCAUGUAUAUUGUACUCAACACUCUGUUUUGUCUUGUACAUCAUGGAGUUCCUAUUAUAUUAAUUUGUAGUUUAAUCGAAAAUAUGGUAAAUUAAUUGAUUUUGUA